AUGUUUAUCACCAAGACGCUGCUGUUCCUGCUCAUUGCUGCUUCACCUCCAAAGAAAACGGACCUGAGCAGCAGCAAGUGUCCACACGGUGCCAUGGCUGGAUUCAAGGCUUCCAGGAGCUGUGAAAGGUUUGAGUCUCACCCUGGCUACACCUCCUCCUGGUCCACAGUGUUCAGGAUUCCCCUGAUGAGAGGGAAGUCAGCCAGGCAGGAGCUGGAGGAGAGAGGCCUGUUUGAAGAGUACAGGAGGAAGUUUCCAUUCAACCCUGCGGCAAAGUUUGUCCCCAGGAACGAGCAGAGUGUGGUGCCCAUGACUUUUGACCCAGAUACAACAUACUAUGGAGAGAUCAGCAUCGGGACUCCACCUCAGGUCUUUAAAGUUCUCUUUGACACCGGCUCCUCCGACCUGUGGGUUCCCUCUGUCAGCUGCACCACCUCUGCUUGCGACAAACACGUGAAGUUCAGCAGUUCAGCAUCCUCCACGUUUCAGGCCGCCACAAACACCUUCUAUAUCUCAUACAACAGUGGAUUUGCAGCAGGGAGCACUGGAUAUGACAUCAUACAUAUAAGCGACCUCUCCGUGGAGCAUCAGAUCUUCGGCCUCACUGACAAUGAAGCAGAGUUCCUGGGCUUUAUGCCCUGGGAUGGGAUUCUUGGUCUGGCCUUUCCUGGUCUGUCAGUUGAGGGAGGUACACCUUUACUUGACAACAUGUGGAGCCAGGGCAAAAUCCCCCAGAACAUGUUCUCCAUGUACCUGAGCAGCUCUGUAGAAGGCAGCAUGUUAUUUCUGGGUGGCACGGAUUCAUCGUAUUACACUGGCAGCUUAAAGUGGAUCCCUCUGUAUCAGGCCACUAACUACUGGAACAUCCAGAUACAAAGCAUCACCAUCAAUGGAAACACAGUUGCGUGCUCUGGCAGCUGUGCAGCAGUCGUGGACUCUGGUACUUCGUUCAUCAUUGGCCCCAGCAAAGAUAUCAACAACAUCAACGGCUGGUUGGGAGCCUUCGCAGAUCAGUACGGUGAUUUCACUGUGAGCUGCAGUAACACAGAGCUCAUGCAGGACAUUGUGUUCAACAUAAACGGCUACAGCUUCGCUCUCCCUCCGUCAGCCUACGUCAUAAAGUCUGCGUCUGGGUGCAGGACAGGGUUUGCUCCCGGCGAGUGGAUCCUGGGUGAGGUCUUCAUGCGACAGUUCUACACCGUCUUUGACAUCAACAACAACAGGGUGGGCUUCGCUCAGGCUGUGUGAAUACAGCCAGUUUAAAAUGAUAAUGAUAUGUCAGAGUCCCAAGUCUGUCAGCUAGAGAAAGUCACUGGUUAUAUAUUUCUAACCACAGUCCUGUAAAAGCAUUCAUAUUUAUGAAUGAAACUAAUAAAAUAUAACC